CUCUUUGCUCCACAUCGUACUCUGUGCAUGUUCCUAAAAGUUCAAUAUCAAUCGACUUUGGCUCUUAAUAUGCAUGUGAUCUCCAGACUCCGGCCUACCGUCUUUUCUAGGAGCUAAAGACUAGGAGACGGCGUAACAUGUCGCCUCCCACAAUUAGUACAACUACUGCAUCGGCCCGGGUGAGGGCCUGUAACGGCUGUCGGCAGAUGAAGCUACGAUGCGAUGCUCAUGAAGACAAUUAUGGUGCAUGCUCCCGAUGCCGGAAUAUGCGUCGGGACUGUGUUAUCUCCACAUCGUUCAAAAGGCGAAGUAGGCAAACUAAAGCCCAAUUGGAAUGCGAACUGGAGAGACUUCGUGCACAAUAUGGAUCGCCUCCUAGAAAUCACUCUCCUUCAGCUAUGCUAAUAGAGCAGCCCAAUCCGCCACCUAAUGGCCGUUCAAGUUGGGAAUCCGAAUCCAACAUGAAUCAAUAUUCCGAAUCUUUGCCUGUCAACCGGCUUCCAAACGCCAUUUCUUAUCCAGAGGACAUGCUCUUUCGUCUCGACCAACCUCUUUCUGAGCCGAGCGUAACUCCAUUAUCAGUGUCGACAGCCCCAGCACAGGACAACCUGAUGACUGCGGAAGGGCCUCACGAACCGGAUGCCAGUACAGCUUUCAGUCCUUCUGUUGGCACGUCAACUGUCGAACAUACGCAUUCUGACCGUAAAGAAACUCGAACCAUUUCCCAGCGAUUAGGAGAUGUGGAGUUGAGUGCCCGGAAAAUCAAUGGGUGUUUUUCUAUGUUUUACCAAUUCUAUAAACCGGUUCUUCCGGGAAUUUUCGACGGCGACAAAAACCCCAAUGAUGUCUACGAAUCGUCCAACUUCUUAUUUUGGACUAUAGUAUACGUUGGAGCAAGAAGAUACGCAAAGGACCCCACUAUCGUCGAGUCUCUUACGAAUCCACUGAAAGACUUCAUACAUAAGUCUCUAUUUGAUCCAGACAAAGCCAUUUCCACCAUCAAGGCUUCUCUUCUCCUCUGUCUCUGGCCUUUACCCAUUAGCACGACGUUCAGGGAUCAGAACCCUGCCAUUGCAGGUGCUGCUAUGCAAUUAGCUGUACAGCAAGGCCUGCACUACUCUAGGCAUCAGGAUUUUGUGCGCGUGGCUUUGAAAAAGCCUGCAGCAAACAAAAUAUUCCGCGCCCGUCUCUGGGCGCACUGUGUCACGGUCUUCCAAAGUACGAACAUGCAUGACGGAUUUCCUCCUCCGAUGGCGCUAGAUCCAGUUUGUGCCGACAGGAAUUUGAGUAUUUCAGAUGGUCUACCUGGAAUUAUACUAUAUCAAUAUCGUUUGCAUCGCGUUUUGACGAGCGCAUUGGCAUCGAUAAUGCACACCACCGAUCUUGACUGCACUAGGGAUGGAGAUUCUUUAAAUUCGUCAAUACUAUUCUACGAUGCCCAGGCUCAAGAAAUCUCUCCGGUGGAAGCCAAUGAUCUAGGCACUUUUGCACUCAACAACGUCCGCCUCUUGAUCCGAGGCUUUCACUUCUUUGCGGCUCCAGGGGCCGAACGUACGGCCGGAAUUCUCCAGCUUUAUGUCAUCUCUUGCAGUAUGAUCCAAUCAGCAUCUCGAAUGGACAAGUAUCAUGACUUUGGAAAUCACUGCAACGCUUUGCAAACACGCGCGAUAGCUUUGGCUGCAGUAUGCAUUCUUCGCGUCCAUAGAAGCAGUUUGCGCACGCAAAUCGAUAUCGACGCCGGUGAGGAUAUGUUCUUUGAAGCAAUUCGGAUUUCAAAGAAGCAUUCAAUUCAAAACAAUGACCUAGAUGGUCGAACUUCCAUCAUACUAACUCAACUCUGGUCAAGUACUCGAGUAUUCAAGUUCAAAGAUGGUUCCAUAGACGGUCUUCGGCUGCUACUUCGCGGUCGACUGUCUAUGAGCGUCUUAUUCGACUGUCUAUGGUGGUGGCGAGCGGAAUUCGGGGGGAAGUCUAAUCCGUAUGUUGAGUCUGAGACGGAUCGAACACAUGCCGCAUCAUCAUCCAUCGAGGCCUCAGUAUCGACGGAGACUAUAAUACACCAAAACAUAGCCGAACUAUUCGAAGUGGAGUCUAUCGAUCAAGGUACACUUCCAAACCCAUUAUUAGAUCCUUCAGAACUUCCAAAUUGGAAUUGGGGUGAAGUUGAAGAUCUAGACUUGAAUUGGUAUUGACCUACCAAAAUCUGAGGAAUAUAGUUCAAAACCACGUCGCACCCACAUUCGAUUUCUUACACACGAAAGCGCCUUUAUGCAUGGUCAUUCUAUAAUCAUUAUUGAAUUAUUUAUACUAAUUACGCUAUCGGAUUCUUUGUCAAUCCACCCAUCAGCCCCUGGAGUAACAUGAUAUCAUCGCACUUUUCCAG